AUGGGCUAUGAAACGGACUUUGAGGGAGAGCUGAACAUUCGACCUCGCCUGGCCGAUGAGUUUGUUGCGCGCUUCAACGACGUGGCCUCGCGCCGCAACAACGUCUAUGGCGACGGCGACGAGGGCUCUUUCGACCACCUCGUCUUUGGGAAACGAGGCACCGCAGCCGGAGCUCGAGUCCAAGAGAAAUACGAUAACCCGGCCUGGACGGGUGUACCAUCGUGCUGGAAUGCUUGGCAGCUCAAAAACAAGCCUGGCAAGACAUGCACAAUUCUGCACUGGGAGGGAAACUCCAAGUUCUACAACUACGUCCAGUGGCUGCAGUUUGUGGUGGACUACAUCAUCAGGGAGAACCAGGCGCUGGCGCCUCUUCUCGACUUUCAGGGCGCCAUCACAUGGAACCAGGACAGGACCGACUGCGACGACAAAGGCGUCCUCACGCUCAAGCGCGAAUUCAGAGAAGUUUGGUCACCUUUCUAUCGCGGCGGCUACUGCCCUGUGCUUCUCCCUGGCCCGCGCAAGGAGGGGAUGGUGGAAUCUACGCGAGAUGCGGUGCACGCCGACGACCCCAGCGAGAAGCCCGAGUGCAGGCUGACGGACCAGGGCGGGCAGCUCGAGGUCUUCGUCCAGCCGCGUCUGCCGUCGCUGUUGCAUAUCUGCCUGUCCGUGGCCGCCACCAACCUCGCUCGGUCUGCCGAACCAGCCGCUCAACCUUUGGAAUCGCUGCCGGAAGAACUGCAGAGGGAGCUGAGGAGGGGCGGCCGCCACUGCAGCGGCUGCGGGCGCCUGUUCUGGGGCGCGGCCGGUGCCAACGUCUUUGUGCUGUUGCCGAUCAUGUUUGACGGGCUGCCCAUGCUGGGGCGCUACUGCUCAGUGCACUGUUGGCGCGAGGAGGUCACCGACGCCCGGGCGAGGAUCGAUGCUGUACGGACAACCGGAGAUGACGACGACGAUGACGAUUCCGAGCAAUCAGAAGAGUAA